AUGGAAGAAGAUCUAGAUGUGGUACGUUCAGCUCCAAUAACACCAAGAACAACUCCACCCAUCUCAGCCCCUCCUUCUCAGUUCCACUCUCCAUCCUUAACUCGCUCUCCUCUCUUGUAUGGCGAUGGUGAUGAACAACAUACACCCAGGGAGAUCAAAGCCAAAACCCCAACAUCUAGAACUCCACGUUUCAUUUCCCCCCUUGCCACCCCUUUAAGGAAAGCCCUCCAUCUCACCAAGCUCGACCAUGAAGAUGCUUGGCUUCCCAUCACUGAAUCCAGAAACGGCAACGCCUUCUAUGCAGCUUUUCACACUCUCUCCUCCGGCAUCGGUAUUCAAGCUCUUGUGCUCCCCGUCGCCUUCACCUUCCUAGGAUGGAGCUGGGGAGUCACAACUUUGACAUUAGCUUUCAUUUGGCAACUUUACACCCUAUGGGUACUAGUUCAACUCCAUGAAUCAGCUUCAGGGACGCGUUACAACCGAUAUCUCACACUCCUCUACGCAACUUUCGGGGAAAGGUUGGGGAAGAUUCUUGGUGUGAUACCAAUAAUGUAUCUAUCAGGGGCCACAUGUGUUUUACUGGUAAUCGUCGGAGGUUCCACCUUGAAGAUGUUCUUCCAGACGGUGUGUGGUGUCCCUUGUACUGCGAAGCCAUUAACGACGGUGGAGUGGUACUUGGUGUUCACUUGCACGGCUGUUCUACUAUCGCAGCUGCCCAACUUGAACUCCAUCGCUGGAGUAUCGUUGGUCGGAGCUGUCACGGCGAUCGGAUAUUGUACGUUGAUAUGGGUGGUGUCUGUUAAGGAAGGAAAGCUACUUGGAGUUUCAUACGAACCGAUAAAGUCAAAGUCCGAUGUUACUAGAGUUUUUAGUGUCCUUAAUGCUCUUGGUAUCAUCGCUUUUGCUUUCAGAGGUCACAAUCUUACCCUUGAGAUUCAGGCCACAAUGCCUUCAAGUGAAAAACAUCCAUCUCACGUACCAAUGUGGAAAGGUGUAAAAGCUGCAUAUAUACUCAUAGCAAUGUGCCUAUUUCCCAUUGCCAUUGGUGGAUAUUGGGCUUAUGGUCAAUUGAUACCAGCAAAUGGUGGGAUGCUAACUGCAUUAUUUGCUUACCAUGGACGUGAUACCUCAAGGGCUUUACUUGGACUGAUAAGUCUAUUUGUGAUAGUUAAUGCUGUGAGUUCAUUCCAAAUCUAUGGAAUGCCAAUGUUUGAUCUCAUUGAGUCUCACUACACAAGUAGAAAGAAGAAGGCAUUGCCAUGGUGGUUAAGAUCAAUUUUUCGAACAGUGUUUGGAUUUGUAGUCUUCUUUUUCGCGGUAGCAAUACCAUUUUUGGGAAGUUUGGCUGGUUUGAUCGGUGGAUUUGCAUUACCAGUGACAUUGGCUUAUCCAUGUUUUAUGUGGAUUGUGAUUAAGAAACCCAAAAGGUUUAGUGUGAUGUGGUGGCUUAAUUGGGUACUUGGAAUCAUGGGCAUGGUUUUAAGUGGUUUGUUGGUUGCAGCAGGAUUGUGGACUGUUAUUGAUACUGGAAUUAAAGCCAACUUCUUCAAACCUAACUGACAAGAGAUAGAGUAAGCAGGAGGAGAGGACUUGGUGGUGUUAAUUAAUAAUUAAAGUUAUAUUGAU